AUGGCUAGUGAAGAGAGCGUUUUAGUGUUGGUAUAUUAUAGAGGGUCCAUUAAGAAAAAAACACGCUCUGGUGUGAAGUUCACUGAUAAGGAUCCCCUGAGUAUUUUUUUGAGACCCACAACAAGCUUCGAUGAGUUCCUGAAUUCUAUAAUACAGAAACAUGGGCUACAAGGCGUGAAACGGGUAGAGAAGUUGUUCUAUCGCAUUCCGAUCUCGUUGCUGCGAGAUGACGUGAAGUAUGAUUCUUUCGUCAUAGGGAGUGACGAGGAUUUGGAGGUCAUGUUUCAUUGCCGUCGGCAGUUUCCUGAGGUCAGGACACCUAAGCUAUUGGCAAAACUGGUUGAUCUUGUCUCUAGCUUAGGAGGUUCGAACCGGAACACCCAAACUCGAGGUAUGGUAGCCGGUUCUAGUUCGAGACCUAUUGGUACAUUUUCAUCCGUGCCUGUGAUUGCACCUAGGGACGUGGCUGUCGCCUCCCCAUCGUUCGCCAUUGAUCUCAACCGCAGUGGUGGUGGAGAGGUUGGUAUCGUUGAUAGGGUGCUGAUUCCCUUACAGUGUGGGGCACCGGCUAGUAUGGAUGAUGCAUCGCUGGAUGAUGAUGACGACGAUGAUUUGGAGUCGGAUAUCAUUGCUGAUGAUAGUGGCGAUGACAUUAUAGCGAGUAAUCCAGCUGGGUUUGGCGGUAGUUCAAGCUCUGGGACUCAGCACUAUCCUCCGCACUUUUCAUCAUUGGACUUGGAUGCCAUGAGACAAGAGGGGGUUCCUGGGGAACCCGCUGGAUUUCGUGCCAAAGAUACCAGGGUACUAGAGGUCUUAUAG